GUUAUUAGAGAGCGAAAAUGGGGGGAGGUGAAAGGAAUAUUCAGAUUUCCAUCUUCUGUGACCAGUGCAUCAUUUGUCUUGCGGAAGUACUAUCUAUCCAUGCUUUAUCAUUUCGAGCAGGUUUAUUACUUUCGGAAAGAAGAACCUUCUGUCUCUGUGGCUGAUCUUGCAAAUAGAAAUGUAACUGACUCUGCCGCUGAACAUGCUAACAAUGAUAGUGCUGCUACGAAUCAAUGUUCAGUGAGUUAUAAUCUGGAGGCUGGAAGUUCACUGAUUGGAACCAUUGAUGCAAAGUUUGAUUAUGGUUACGUAAUCACUGUGAACCUGGGCUCGGAGAAUUUAAGUGGUGUACUUUAUCAUACACCUGCAUUGCCACAUCAGUCCCAAAGGGUUAAUACUUCAGCUAAGCCUUCCCAACGGAUCAGGAAAAGACGCAAGUUGGCUUUGAAGGACCCCUCUCGACCCAAGUCAAAUCGAAGUGGUUAUAAUUUUUUCUUUGCUGAGCAUUAUGCCAGGCUGAAACCUUCAUAUCAGGGGCAAGAGAGAGCUAUCAGCAAAAGGAUUGGACUUCUUUGGAGUCGACUUACAGAGGCCGAGAAACAGGUUUAUCAGGAAAAAGGUGUGAGAGAUAAGGCGAGAUACAAGGCUGAGAUGCUGGAAUAUAAGUCAUCUCAUGCACAGCCGCAAUAGAGAGAUUAAGAAACAUCUUCUCUCAGAACUUUGUUUCCCCAUUUUUCUUUCUUGUUUGGAAAAUCAUCAUGUUUACAUAGGCAGCUUGGACUUUGAUAGAUUUGUGAAAGUAUUGUGCUCUGCCUUUCUUUCCUUUUUGGGUUAAAAACUGAGCCUUUUUGGAGCAGGAGCAGCUGUUGGUAUCAAAGAAGUUUAAUCCCAGUUUCCUUAAUGGCAGUGUAAUGCUUAAAAUGGUCAUCUAUUUAUGCAUUUCUACUUUCUUCUUAGACUCUGUUUCUUUUUAACAAUCAACUUACCAUUUAAGUUAUUAUCCUUACAAUCUGUUAGUUUUGAGUUGAGUAGGUAGUUGGUGUGAACUUCAUGUAGACAGUAGAUAUUGCCAAAGUUGCUUUCAAAUUUAUGAGUGCGUUUGUUGAA